AUGGCUUCUAGCCGUGAUUCAACGGAGCUCAUGAUUCAGAAUGUCUCGAGUUGUAUCACUGAUGUGACUCCAUUGCUCGAAGAUGAUUACCUAGAUUCAGAGAGCUCCACAUACAACCCUAUCCAGACAGCUCUACGGACAUCUUUCAUCGUUCUGAACUCUCUCAUGGUCAUCAUCGGCAAUAUCUUCAGCUUGACAGUAAUGAGAUAUGUAGACUCCCCUCGAUUUCCACCAAGCUCCAAAGCCUUCCUCUGUAACGUCAUUGUCUGGGACCUGGCUCACGGUAUCUUCUCCAUUCUUUACGUCCCGCCUGCUGCUCUGAACUACUGGCCCUACGGACAGUUUCUCUGUGAAGCCAGUGGCUUUGUCUUGAUGUUCAUCAAUUUUUGUUGCGUCAAUGCUGCGAUUCUCAUCACGGUAGAUCGCCUGCUAGCUGUGCUGUACCCUCUUCGCCAUCCCAUUAUGAUCUCUACAAAACGCGCGCUAGCCAUCAUCGCGAUUGCCGUCUUAUUCGCUUUGUCUGCGAGUAUUGCAACUUUUGCCGUCAGUGCAGACGUCGCUUACAGCAACGACACCGUUACUUGUUUUGUCCAAUGGUCCCGCGUCUCCCCAGCGAACCUUUUUCGACUGAUCGUCUGCAUUGGAUGUCUACUGUUUCUACCGGCGGUUAUUUUAGUCGGCUGCUACACCAAACUUUAUCUGGUGGCUCGCAAACACGCAAAACGCCUCGCCAAGUUAAGGCGAAACGCCAGCGCCUGUGGGAGGAACCCUGGGUUAACAGUGACAAACAGUCGGGCGCUGAGAAUGUGCUUGCUCAUCACUGCCACAUUUUGUAUCGCCUGGACCCCUUACGCCAUCGUAUCCACCCUGAACUACGUCACAGGAGAGGACACUCAUCCAUUGGUCGACUUUAUCACGUGUUGGUUGUGCCUCUGCAACAGUUGGUGGGACGUCAUUAUCUAUUUUUUCAUGGCUCAGGAAUUUCGGAAAACUGCUCGAAAACUACUUUGCCGGCGACGGUUGUAA